CGUCAUCUUCAUGCUUAUCGCGGCCCUCCGAUAAUCACUGACCGGGACCUGGUGAGUCCAUGUUACUAUCCCCGGAGGGUACCGUAGGAUCGGUCCCACGACGGAGUGCAAAGGAGCCAUCGGGUUCAGCUCGGGACGUCGCGCUUUGGUUGCGCGCGAUAGACACCUUGAGGGUGCGUGCGGGAGACAGCUUGCGAUGGGGUGUCGGAUCGCGCAAUGACGAUAUAAGUCGCUCUGGCGUGCAAGUUCUGCAUUGUCCAUCCCCACAAUCCAUCCUCAGCUUUCCACCAGUCGCCUUACCUUAACACAUCAUGAAGCUCAUCUCCAGGGAAGAGCAAGACGCCCAACAGCACGCCACUCUCGUAGGUGGUAUCAAGGGCUUCCUCAGCGGUGCAGCUAUCGCGCUCCCCGCAUCCCUCCUCUUGCAGCAACGCUGGGCAUACUACCGCCACCUCCCCCUGUCGCUCAAGGCCUUCGGCGUGAUCAUCGUCGUCGUACCAUCGUUCGUCAUUUCCGCAGAACACGCGGGCCAGCGUUUCGAACGCAAGCACUGGCAUGACCUGGGCAAGCAGGAGCUCGACGCUGCAGCAGCACGGGAGUCGAGGCGAUGGGAGUCGCUGUCGGCGGGCGAAAGGAUGAGGGACUUCGCGAACCGCCACCAGUACGGCCUCAUCCUCGGGGGGUGGGCCCUCUCCAUGGGAAUCAGCUUCGGUCUCGUCGCACGGAACAGGUACCAGACGCUGCCACAAAAGAUUGUGCAAGCACGUCUUUGGGCGCAAGGCCUCACACUCGGCGUGCUUAUUGUUGCUGGCAUCGCUACGCACGCGAACCGCACAAAAGAGGACGAGGGACCUGUUCGGCGCGUUGAGGCAGAUCACUCGUGGCGGGACAUUGUCAACCACGAAUUGCAGGAGCAGAGACAAAGGGCCAUAGCUGCAAGACGGUGAUGAGUUCCAUUGUCUUUGCACAAACUUCCUUCGAUUUCUAGGCGGGUGUCCCACUUAAACUUCGACAGGGUCCCGACCCAGAGUUCACGUAUAAAUGUCUCGAAGAUAACGUUGGACGCCUUACCUUUUCCCUUACUAUCUACACUAUAAUUCGCUGUGCACCGUGGAGCUAGAACAAGAGGUUAGACUUAUAUGUAACAUAAUAUCCUGGCACCUGCCCGUUAAUUCGCUGGUGCAGCCUGCAGACGCGCCUCGCCCUUGCAGGGACACCGUGCAAUCUCAUGUUGGAUGUUGAGCUAUCGAGCAGCCGUGUGUGCCAGACAAUAACGGACAGAGAUGAAAGCUCUCGCGAGACAGGACUUACAGUAUAGCACGCAUUCCGAAUACCAAUAAGGCCGGCAUCAUGAAGCUGACUGCACGGCGCAUUGGUCGGGGUUCUAUGUAAGGCUCGCGGCGUGGCAGAUACAAACACAUAAGGGGUUCGCACGAGCUUGCAGCCUAACGUUAACGCGUCAUGUAGCCAUGCAUUAGCAGGCUGGCAGGCUGGCAGGUUGUCAUAAUCCCAAGUCUGGA